AUGUCGCCCACAAAGCCUGUGCCGUCCAUCGCCAUUGUGGGUGGUGGCAUUGCAGGCCUGACGCUCGCUCUCAAUCUCAUUAAUCGCUCCAAGUCCCCGUCCUCACAACAGCCCAAGUAUACCGUCACAAUAUACGAGUCCGCCCACGCGUUCGCCGAGAUCGGAGCUGGAGUGUCCUUCGGGCCAAAUGCCUCCCGCGCGAUGAAGGCCAUCGGGCCAGAGGUGCAUGCCGCGUUCGAGAGGACGCAGACCAGGAACCAGUUCGAGUCCAAGCAGGACGUGUGGUUCGACUUCCGGUACGGCGAGAGCGUCGACGGCAGGUACAGGGUCGAGGGAGAGGAGGGCGAGGACGCCAACGGAGAGCUCAUCGCCACGGUCAAGUGCCCGGGGGGCCAGCGGGGCGUCAAGAGGAGUGACUUCCUCGACGAGCUGAUCAAGCACGUCCCCGACGGUAUCGCCAAGUUCGGCCGGAGGGUCACCCAUUACACCGAGAGCGAGGACGGCAAAGUGACGCUGCACUUCAAGGAAGGAGACGACGAGAUCCAUGACGCGGUCAUCGGCUGCGACGGCAUCAAGUCCAACAUCCGGAAGGCGCUGUUGGCUGAGACCUCGAAACCGGAGAACGCGAAUGCAACAUUCAGCGGCAAGUUCUGCUACCGUGGUUUGAUCCCGAUGGACGAGGCUGUGUCUCUGCUGGGCGAGGAGAUGGCCAAGAAUGCUCAGAUGUACCUCGGCCGUCACGGCCACAUUCUCACGUUCGCCAUCGAGAAGGGCAAGCUGAUGAAUGUUGUCGCAUUUGCCUCAGCAAAAGAAUGGCAUGACGACCGCUGGGUGGUGGAAGCCAACCAGGACCAGAUGAGGGCAGACUUUGAAGGCUGGUCGCCCACCGUCACCAAGAUCAUCUCGCUGAUGCGAAAGAACGACAUAUGGGCGCUCUUCAACCACCCGCCGGCACCAAGGUACGUGUCUGACCGCGGACGCGUAUGUCUCGUUGGCGACGCGGCGCACGCAACCACACCGCACAAGGGUUCGGGCGCAGGCAUGGCUAUCGAGGACUCGCUGGUCAUGGGCCAGCUUAUCUCGGAGGCCCUCGCGGGCGAGAACGUGGAUGCUGGCAGGGCGAUUCCUGCGGCCUUCAGAGUGUUCGAUGCCACCAGGCGGGAGAGGACGCUGCGGUUGGUGGAGGACUCGAGGGAGACGGGCCAGCUGUACGACCUUGAGCACCCGGUGAUUGGCGCGGACAAGGACAAGAUCAAAGAGAUGCUGCUGACGAGGAUGGACUGGGUAUGGGAGAAGGAUCUGGAGGCCGAAGUGAACAACUCCCUGGACAAGCUGAGGAACAGCCUGCUCGGCCACGAGACAUAA